AGGUUUAGUUCGAUGGUUGCCAGUUGCCACUGUCGACUUUCGUAGUUUCGACAGAUCAGCAUCCUGAUCGGUCUCUCUCUUUAUAGUGAUUACAGUGUGCAAAAUUCAUUGACAAUUUUGCAAAACUUUUACGACGAACGUGAAAGUGUUCAUACAAAAAAUUCUUACGGUAUAUAAGUCAAAAGAAUCGAACUAACAAUGUUGAGUCUUUGCCGUCAAGCGUUAAUAGUUAACAGUCAAAAAGUGAGUGCAAGGUGCUUAGGAACGAUAAUACCAGUACCAAAUCCUAUUGACUUUCCCUUGGAAAAUGAACCUGUGCUUAGUUACAAAAAAGGCAGCCCUGAGAGGGCAGAAUUGGAAAGGACUUUGGAUAAAAUGGCUAGUGAGUGUGAAGAUGUACCUCUGGUUAUUGGAAAUGAAGAAAUUAAAACAGAUUUAUGUAGAUACCAAGUUAUGCCACAUAAUCAUAAAGUAAAGGUUGCAAAAUAUUAUUGGGCAACACCUGAUCUAGUCAAAAAGGCAAUAGAUGUUGCUGUGAAGGCACAGCGUGAGUGGGAAAAGUGUCCCUUUGAACAACGCUUAGAAAUCUGGUUAAGGGCAGCUGAUUUAAUGGCAGCAAAAUACAGACAGAAAUUAAAUGCUGCUACAAUGCUUGGACAGAGCAAAAGUGUUAUUCAAGCAGAAAUUGAUAGUGCAGCAGAAUUAAUUGAUUUCUUUAGAAUGCAUGGGUAUUUUGCCAAAGAGGCUUUAAAAUAUCAACCAAUAUCACCUAAUUCUAAAGAGACAUUAAAUUCAAUGAGAUAUAGAGGAAUGGAUGGUUUUGUUGCAGCAGUAUCUCCCUUCAACUUUACUGCCAUUGGUGGUAAUCUUAGCUAUACCCCUGCUUUAAUGGGUAAUGCAGUGCUUUGGAAGCCAUCUGAUACAGCUUUACUUUCUAACUGGUGGAUUUUUAAAAUAUGUAAAGAGGCUGGUGUACCACCAGGUGUAGUCAAUUUUGUUCCAUGUGAAGGUCCCGUUUUUGGUGAUACUAUAACUGCUUCACCUUACUUAUCCGGGAUAAAUUUUACUGGAUCAGUUCCAACGUUUAAUCGUUUAUGGAUGCAAAUUGGUAAAAAUCUGGGGAAGUAUAAGAAUUAUCCCAAAUUAAUAGGCGAAUGUGGUGGAAAAAAUUAUCAUUUUGUACACAUGAGCGCUGAUGUGGAGUCAGUUAUUAAUGGGACCAUAAGAAGCGCUUUUGAAUUUAAUGGUCAAAAAUGUUCAGCUUGUAGUAGAAUGUAUGUUCCAGAAUCCUUAUGGCCAAAGAUAAAAGAAGGCCUUUUAUCGAUUCGUGACACACUUAAAAUUGGUGACGUUAGAGAUUUUACCGUGUUCGCUGGAGCCGUUAUAGAUGCUACUGCAUUUAAAAGAAUUUCUGGUUAUAUCGAACAUGCAAAAAAAUCAUCUAAUUUAGAGGUUAUCGGUGGUGGCAAAUACGAUGAUUCGAUCGGAUAUUUUAUUGAUCCGACAAUAGUAGUAACAAAAGAUCCCAAAGAUAAAAUAAUGACAGAGGAAAUAUUUGGACCUGUUUUAACAAUAUACGUUUACAAAGAUUCAAAUCUCGAUGAAACAAUGAAAUUGGUAGAAUCCUCGACACCUUAUGCUCUAACUGGAUCGAUAUUCUCACAAGACGAAAAAUGGGCGAGAAGAGCUCUUGAAGAAUUUAAGUAUACAGCUGGUAAUUUCUAUAUUAAUGAUAAAUCAACGGGCUCGGUUGUUGGUCAACAACCGUUUGGUGGUAGUAGAAUGUCUGGAACAAAUGAUAAAGCUGGCGGUCCUCAUUAUGCUCUUCGCUGGGCAUCGCCACAGUCAAUCAAAGAAACGUUUGUUCCUUUGCGCGAAUACGAUUAUUCGUAUAUGAAGUCUUAGAUGUAAGUAUUAUUAAAAGCUUGCAGUUAUAAUGUGAAGAUACAUAUACUGAUGCAGUAGCAUCUUAUACUACAAACUGAAAAAUGCAAAUUUUUUGGAUUGUUCGGCAAGAACUAAUGAAAUAUCUUCAUGCAUUCCUUUACGUGAAUUCAAGGAAUUCGCGUAUAAGGCGCUAUUUGCACUCACAAUGCAAGUGAUAUGGGCUUUGUAGAAAUUUAUACUAUAAAGCAAACUGCUUAAACACGAAGUAAUUCACGAAAAAGAUAGUUGAUUUUCAGAAAAAAGCAAGUAUUCAGUAGUUGGUAUGUAUACCAACUGAACAGUAUUUUGUGUUUUUAAUAAGUAUGUUUGUCAAUUUAAUAUUACGUAGCAUACAAAAAAAGACAAACAUAAAAAUAAAUAUUUCUAAACUACUUUUAAAGUAGUCGCGACAUAAAUGCAAGUCCAUCUUAAUAUUUGCUGCCAAUAGAUAACAUUAAUAUUCUGCAAGUUGCAGCGUGUAGAGUCUAUAUAUUAAGAUCAAGUGUUUCAGUACAAUAAUAUUUUAAUAUCUCAGGAAUUACUAUAUGUGGUUGCAAACAAAGAGGCAUUUUUUUGAUCAUACAUUACAGUGAUAUAUGAAAUUUUAUAACAAUAUUAUUCAAGUAUGGUGAUCGAGAUACAUAACAUCUGGGAGUGUGUUUGAAGAUUGUGAUAAAUACGUACUAGUUAGAAAAACCAUUCGCUGUGUUUUUCGGACUUUACUUUUUUAUAUUCUUAUAGAGAGAUCAUUUACAAUGACUGAUAUUAUGUUAACGCGCAGCGUGAAACAUUCAUUUUACUGUGUAACUCACAAGACAAUAUGUAGACGCGGGACGAACACAGUAAAAUGUAAAAGUUACCCUUAAAUUAUGUUAUCAAGCCUGAUCGUCGAUCGUUUAGGCACGUUAUUGUUGACAGUGUGAUUGAGAUAAAACAUCUUGCAAAUCGAGCAGUGACUACUAAUUAAAUAUACAAUAAUAUGUUAGAUGUUGUGGCUGAUGUUAUAAUGUAAUUUAUUUUAAGUGUACCAUAGCAAUAAAAACACUAUACAAUUA